CUGUUGCGUGAUCGAUUCACGCAGCUCAGCUAAAGCAGGAACACCGGACGCUUCGUGGUCCGGUUAAAAGGAGAUCUCCGCCGUUCAGAGAACCGGAAAAGGAGAUUCUCACGGUCAGCAGCGGGUCCUGGUCACCUAAGAGGCCGGAUCGACCCCCGCCGGCGGAUCCCCAGCGCUGCCAGAGGGUCUGUUUGACCCGGGGGAAGAUGGAGACCCCAGUUUAGGAGCACCGAGACUUCGGAAACAUCCAGAACGAUGUCGAGUUUCUCAGCCAACAGGCGCAUCGUCACCUGCCUGCUAGUCAACCUCCUGUCCUCCAUCUGCAUCGUCUUCAUCAACAAAUGGAUCUACGUGCACUACGGCUUUCCUAACAUGACGCUAACGCUUGUCCACUUCCUGGUCACCUGGCUGGGGCUCUUCAUCUGCCAAAAAAUGGACAUUUUUUCCCCCAAAAGCCUCCAGUUGGGCAGGAUUGUGUGGUUGGCCCUCAGCUUCUGCGGCUUCGUGGCCUUCACCAACCUCUCCCUGCAGAAUAACUCCAUAGGAACGUACCAGCUGGCCAAAGCCAUGACCACCCCGGUCAUCAUCCUCAUCCAGACCACCUACUACAAGAAGAGCUUCUCCACCAAGAUCAAAUUCACGCUGGUGCCCAUAACCCUUGGGGUAAUACUGAACUCCUACUACGACGUGCGGUUCAACCUCUUGGGGACAGUGUUCGCCACACUGGGCGUUCUGGUGACCUCACUUUACCAAGUGUGGGUGGGGGCCAAACAGCACGAGCUUCAGGUGAACUCCAUGCAGCUCCUGUACUAUCAGGCUCCUCUGUCGUCGGGCUUCCUGCUCGCCGUCAUUCCCGUGUUCGAGCCGCUGGCCGGGGACGGGGGAAUAUUUGGACCGUGGUCUCUGCCUGCUCUGCUGACGGUGCUGUUCUCAGGUGUGGUGGCGUUCCUGGUCAACCUGUCCAUCUACUGGAUCAUCGGAAACACCUCGGCGGUCACUUACAACAUGUUUGGACAUUUUAAGUUCUGCAUCACUCUGGUUGGAGGAUACCUGCUCUUCCACGACCCGCUGUCCGUCAACCAGGUGUUGGGGAUCCUCUGCACGCUUGCAGGUAUCCUGUCCUACACGCACUUCAAGCUGGCCGAGCAGGAGGAGGGGAAGAGCCGCCUGGCUCAAAGGCCGUAGGAUCCAUCUCCAGAAACCGACCCGCAGCCGUUCAGUGUGACUUAUGCACAGACUUUUAUACGAUUUUUACAUUUUUUUACUUCAAGAGAAUGUUUUAGACGAAGGAAAAUGUUAUCAAGCGGAAAUUUGAGAGUUUGAGGAGAAGCAGGCUUAAUUUUCUGCAGACUUUUGCUGAUGUUAACGACUUCCAGGAGCAAUCUAAUGUUUGUCUGAGGUUGAAGGUCAGUAUGAAUAGAAAAAUAGAAUGAUCUAGUGAGCAAAAAGAGCAUCAAAUCAUCCUAUAAUCCAGAUAAACUGGGCACUUUCAGUAUUUCUGUUUUAAAAUGUCUAAAUCAGACAUAAAUGUUUGAGAAAAAAACGCAUUAAACCUGAUGAUUAAACAAGAAUUAAUCAGAAUGUUGAGAUGACAGUAUUUGAAUUGUUUGGAGGAGAGGCUUUAUAAAAAAAUAAACAAUUGAAACUAAUGCAUAUUUCAUGAGAAAUCAAUUUGGUUUUUGACUUGUCCUUGUUAAAUUUCAAAAGCUGCAUUUUGUUUGGUUUGGAGACAAAAAGAACAUUUUUAAAACCAAUCAAAGCACAUUUUGGUUUCAUUCUAAUAAGUCCUGCUUUUUACAAAAACCAUAACUCAAAGAUUGUAUUAAUUUUUUUAAUCUUUCUAAAUAAUUUGACUGAAAGAUUCCUGGAAAUGAGCCGCCUGUCAUGAAUGUUUCCACAAUGCAUUUUUCUUUAGUGAUUUAAAAAUGUAUAUUUCUUUUUUGGAACAGUUAAAUUUUUGUAAUUGCUGCCUGUUUGUUUUGCCUCUUUUUUCUUUGUUAGUUUGUUUGAUUUUGUUUUGAUUGAGUCGGAUCAGUUUUCAUGUCUGGAUUAGUUUAUUUUAGUUGUGGCAAAACCUGCUUCUCUCCUCAGUUGGCUCCAUCUGGGAUUGUUUAGGAUGUUGUUGUUUACAAAAUGGAAAGCUGGUAAAUAAACUGCAUUGAAAAAUG